AUGAGGGAGCAGUUGGAUAAAGGGAUCAUAGAGAGGGUUCCAGAUAAACUUACUGGCGAAAUAGUACAUUGGAUCCCACACCAAGCAGUGAUAAGGGACAACGCAGAAUCCACCAAGCUUCGGAUCGUGUAUGAUUGUUCAGCAAGGAACACUUCACAAGAUCCUUCCUUGAACGACCUGCUGGAAACCGGACCGCCUUUACAGCUGUUGAUAUUCGACAUUCUCUUGAAGAAUAGAAUGCAUCAGUAUUGUAUCACGGGAGACAUACAGAAGGCCUUCUUACAGAUCAAAAUCCAACCACAAGAUAGGGAUGCUCUACGCCUAUUGUGGUACAACGAUUUGGAAAGCAGAACGAUCGAAGAAUACCGUUUCACUCGAGUGAUAUUUGGGUCUGCCUCAAGUCCUUACAUUUUGGGGGCGACGUUAAGCAAGCAUCUGGAUCUUUACAAAGACAAGUAUCCAAAGACUGUGGAACAUUUGCAGAAGAAUACGUAUGUUGAUGACGUCCAAUGUUCAGCCGACAACAAGGAAGAGCUGAUCAGAUUCAAAGAAGAAAGUAGGGAGAUUAUGGCAGCCGGUGGCUUCACCUUACACAAAUGGCACAGCAACGCAGAUCUAGUAGAGCAUAACGAAGAAGUAGGUCAAGAGGCCAAUGUAGAAGAAACAUAUGCAAAAACCACUGUUGGAACACACGCUGACGAAACAAACAUCCUUGGAAUAAAAUGGAACAAGUCAAAGGACAUGAUCGAAAUCAGUUUCGAACAUUGCAUUGAAGGCUUGGAUGGAAUCGCAGCACCGGUGAUCAUUGUUGGGAAGAUCAUAUACAGUGAAGUAUGUCUACUGAGAGUGUCAUGGGAUGAAGAAUUACCGAAAGAUAUUCAAGAUUGCUGGAACCGAUGGAUAAAGAAGCUGGAGCAAUGUCCAACAAUAUCUAUUCCCAGAAGUGUGACAAAAGAAAACCCAUCAAAAAUGACUGUGCAUGGAUUCUCUGAUGCUAGUAAAUUGGCAGUUGCUGCAGCCGUGUAUGUGGUUGACAGUACAACCGUGUUACACUGGCUACAGGGUCAAGGAAGAUGGAGUCAGUACGUGAGAAACAGAACCAGAGCCAUCCAAGAGAAGGAUUUCAUUCCGUGGCACUACGUCCCAACUGACGAUAAUCCGGCAGACCUUGGGAGCAGGGGAGUCAGCCCCAAGAAACUUGAUCGAUUUUGGAAGGAAGGACCUCUUUGGCUCAUAAACAACGAAGAAUGGCCUGAGCAACCUGAAGUACGAGAGACGAGUCAGUCACUGAAAGAAAAGUUGGGAAGCAAGGAAAAGCAGCUGAUGGCCACAGAACCAGAAACAAACCACCUCGAAACACUGCUGCUUAAACAUCCUUACAACAAGAUGCUAAGAAUUACAGCGUAUAUCAUGCGGUUUAUCAGAAGAUGUCAGAAGAAUGAGGUGGUAGCUAAGGACAAUAUUAUAACAGUAGAAGAAAUCGAGACUGCGGAGACAUUUUGGAUCAAAAGAGCCCAAGAACAAAUUGGAGAAACAAAGCAUUGUCAGCUCACUGAAGAUGAAUGCGAAUUAAUGAGGUAUAAUGGUCGAAUUCCAAACUACAAUCCAAUUUGGCUGCCAAGAAAUCAUAAGUUAACAGAUCUUAUCAUCGCAGCGAAUCACAGGAAAGUGUUGCAUAAUGGCGUAUCAGCUACAAUGGCCAGCGUCAGAGACCGAUUUUGGGUUCCUAAGCUGAGAACAGUUGUGAAGAAAUUGGACGGAAAUUGUAACUGGUGUAAAAGAUUCUCAGCAAAACCGCUACACUCCCCAACCAAAUCAAUGCUGCCAGAUUUCCGUGUUGUGAUGGAUGAACCAUUCGCCGUUACUGGAGUGGAUUUUGCAGGACCCAUCGAAUACAAGCAGAACAAGAAUAAGGUUGGGAAAGCCUACGUGGCACUAUUCACCUGCACAAGCACAAGAGCAGUACACCUUAAGCUAUGUAAAGAUAUGACGGCUGAAGAAUUCAAGAUCGCUUUCAAAGAAUUCAUGGCAAGAUGA